AUGCGGCACGGGUGCCUGGUGGGCCUCCUCGCCGCGGCGGCGGCCGCCCUCUGCCAUUGUUGGGGCGCGCCGCGCCGCGCCGCCCUCGCGCCGGGCCUGGCGCGGCCGGUUCGGGGCGGUCGCCCCUGGCGCACCCUGACGCGGCGGCGCGCUGCGCCGGUGUCCGCAGACCCGUGCACGUUGCUGGGCUUGCCGCCGGGCACGCGGGACGAGUCGGAGGUGCGCUCCGCGUUCCGGAGGCUGGCCAAGGUCUACCACCCCGACGUGCCGGAGACGGGCGACCCCGACCGGUUCCAGGCGCUCCAGGAGGCCGCGUCGCGGCUGCUGGAGGGGGAGGAGCUGCCCCAGUUCGACAUCUCCGAGGCCUUCCGUGCCCAGAAGACCGCCUUCUCCCCGAGGCGCGAGUCCGUCUGGAGCCCGCCCCUGACGCCGCUCGGGAGCGACGGGGCGCCCGGCAUCCGGCCAGAGGACGCCAAGACGUAUGGCGGGCAGGUCAGGGGGCGCCCCGAGGGGCGUGCGGUCGUUGAGGACAUCAUCGACAGGAAGAUGCCGAAUCUCAUCAAGAUCGGCGACCUGCCGAAACAGCGGGGUCCGGCGAGCGAGGCAACCCUGAGAAGAGUUCGAGAGGUCAUCGCCGACAACUUUGGCAUCCCGGCGGAGCAGAUAGAGCCAGCCAUGCGGCUCGACAUGUUGCUUCCCAUGGAGGGUGACCGCAACAUCGGCGCCAAAGUCGUCGCGGACGUCUUCUUAGACCUCGAGGAGGCCUUCGGCAUCGAGCUCCUGACCGUCAUGGUCAGGACGUGGGUGAGGUCGAAGCUGCCCGCCGACGUGACCACCGUCGCCGAGCUGGCGGGCCUCCUGGAGGCAGGCGCCAGCUCCCCGGCAGGCGCUGCCGCGCCAGCGCCGCACCCGGCCCCCGCACCGCAGGCGCAGCAGCAGCAGGCGAGCGCGGCGCCGCGGCCCGCCCCGCAGCCGCCGGGCCCGCUGCUGCCGCGCCCGUGGGAGGAUCGCUGCACGGUGGCGGAUCAGAGACCGUACUACUGGAACCCCGACACGCAGGAGGCGUUGUGGGAGCCGCCGGUCUCCUGA